CACUUUCUCAAUACAUCCCAUAUAUUGAUAUUUGUUUGGCAUUUCUAUGACAACCCUUAGUAUACAUACUUAGAGCACAUGUUGUGUGCAUUGAAAUUGUUUUGUGAUUUAAAUUUUAUUAUCAAAACAUUGUUUACAUUUGUUUUGCAUUUGAUUUGUUAAAUAUAAUUACCGCUGAAGACAAUGAGUGAACCACCGAUCAAAGUCAACACAGAUCUACUAAAAUGUGAAAAUGAUUUCUUCACCAAAAGCAAUGACAUUACAAAUACAUUGUUGAUCACCAAAAGUGCUAAAAGAGAUGCCAUUCAAUGUCCACAAAGACAGACAUUGAAAACAGAAAGAUUGGCAUCAAAUGUGUUAAAUCGUGCCAAAGAUUUUUUAGAAAAGACAAAACUAACGGCUAAUAAAGAUAUCCAACAAACUUGCGAUUUGGUUACUGAUGAUGAUAUCACCGAUGAAAGUGUCGUUAAUGACAGUCAUCCAGCAGUUGAACUCAAUUUUGUUUUAUUUAAAAAUAACGAUAACUUAGUUAACGACGAAGAGUCCAGUGAUGAUAAUAGCAGUGAAGACUCUGAAGAUGAUAGCGAUAGUACUGAUAGUAGUGAUAAUGAAAGCAAUUUAAAUAAAAAUAAAUCUUAGUUUAUAUUUUUCAAUAAUGUUUUGAUUU